GCGCCGUCAGCACAACAAACGCGCGGCGCAGGGCGAAACUUGGGGUCCGGGGAGGCUCCUCCGCACGCCAUGUGCCCGUGUCCCCGGCAUCGCGGCCACGGGCCUCCGGCCGUGUGCGGCUGCGGCGACACUCGCCCCGGGCUGCGCUGGGCGGCGGCGCAGGUGACCGCGCUGAGGCUGCAGGCGCUGGGCGACGAGCUGCACCGACGCGCCAUGCGGCGCCGCGCGCGGCCCCGGGACCCGCUGCCUGCGCUGCUGCCCGCGCUCCGCGCCCGCUGGCCCUGGCUGUGCGCGGCCGCGCAGGUGGCGGCGCUGGCGGCCUGGCUGCUCGGCAGGCGGAGCGCGUAGGCUGCGCGCGCGGGGCCUUCUUGGUGGGGGGACCGGAGCCGAGACCCAGCCCGGACCGAGCAACAGGUUGGCAAGACCCUGUGUCCUUGGAGGAAGCUGGUUCCUGUUUUCCUGAGGGGGGAGCCUGGAGCUUGGAAGGAAUCAGAGUGGAAAGACCCACCCAGAGAUGAUGGUGGAAACAUGGACCGAGGAAGCCCCUGGGAAGUCCAGCUGCAGAGAUAGCCACCCCAAUGCUAUUUACAUAUAGCUAUAUACAUACAUAC